AUGUCUGCGAUCCAGAAGAACGUUGAGUCCGCCUCGGAAUCCUAUUCUUCCUCGUUCACGCAGGGGCAUCUCGCACUUCCCCCGGCCAAGAAGUAUCUUGUGUUGACUUGCAUGGAUGCUCGAAUCGACCCGGCGCGAGCCUUCGGUAUCGAUCUUGGAGAUGCUCAUGUGAUUCGGAAUGCAGGAGCGUCCGCGUACGAUGCCUUGCGCAGUAUCGUCAUAUCUGAGCAGCUCCUAGGCACUCAAGAGAUUGUCCUCGUCAAGCACACGGGAUGCGGUAUGCUGACUUUCACGAAUGAGGUUGCCUAUGGGUUGGUCGAAAAGAACCUGGGGUCUGACGCCGUGGCUGAGCUCAAAGCCCGCCAGCUGGACUUUCUCGCCUUUCCAGAUCUGGAAGAGGCAGUCAAGAAGGACGUGCAGUACCUCAAAGAUAGCAAACUGGUGCCAGACAACGUCACUAUUAGUGGUUGGAUAUAUCAGGUAGAGACUGGCAAGACUGUUAGGGUUGUCUGA